GCUUAACCGUGUUGCACAAGGGAAAGUACAGCGCACAUCGCAUUCCUCCUACCUCGACAUGACAAUCAUCUGAGCCAACGAGAUGCUUGCGACAAUAUCGGAUGAGCAGCUUGGCGACGCAAUCCUCCAAUCUGCCGAACAUGGGUCGUUUCCCCAAGAUGGAGAUGUGGCAUCUGCCACUGUACCUUCGAGCGCGCUACCCAAGCUGCUAGAAAAAGUUGGGACGGCAAGAGAAGACGCCAAAAACGAAGUGCGCAAAGUUUCCCGCGAAGCUGCCUCUGACGUCGACGGAUGGAUAUCCCAAGCACGAAAGCUACAGGACGACAUCAAACGCUCCCAGGAUACCGCCAAAGAGAUCGUACAACAUGCAGAGGGAGGAAAGGCAAACACAUUACACGUCCAAGAUGCGGCCAGCAAGGUCAGCUUGCUGCACACCGAGAUUGCAUACAAUGAGAGUUUGGCGCGGGUUGUUGAACAGCUAAGGGACAUCUCCACACUGCUGGACUCGGCGCAGGACGCUGCUGUGCGAGGACAUGUCAUGUAUGCUAUCGAACGACUCGAAGAUGUGGACGGCGCACUCAAGAGCUUAGGGCCAUUUGGAUCUACAAGAGUGGUGGGAGUACUGAAGAGCAAGGAAUCGCAGAUGCGAAAAGCCAUUGUUGAGACCGUCACAGACUCCUGGAACGGACUACUGGAUGUCGACGUUGCGAACAACAAGGUAUCUUUGAGGGAAUCGAUCGAGCGGGGAACCACAAUAGACGUCAACGCGGUCGUCGAGCAGCUUACGAAGUUGGGUCUUCUGGAUGAGUUUGUCACGCGUUUCAGUCGCGACUUCGAUAAGACCAUUCUGUCGCACCGCCUAGUCAUCGGCCGGGAUCAGGUUGUCACCUCCUUCGAUAUCCACGGUGAUGACAUACAGCUUAUGGGCCCUGUCAACGAUGGAAGUGUCAAGAUCACGCUGGAGGAUAUCCACAAGAUCGCCGAGUACCUAAGUACACGCUUGCCACCUUCUAUUGCCUUACCGCUCUCGUCGAAAUUGGUACCCAUCAUCACGUCGCGCCUGAUCACCCACUACCUUGUACCUGCGGUACCAACAUCUACAGAUGGUGUCCAAGAGUUCCAGGAGACCCUGUCAUACGUUCUGGGUCUUGUUGAAUACCUCGACGAACUUGGUUGGACUGGCCAGAACCGUUUAACAGAGUGGGUCGAUGAGUCGGCGGAGAUCUGGCUAGCGAAACAGAAAGAGAAUGCCAUUGCCAGAGUGCAAAAGCUGUUCCCAAAGCAAGUGAAGAUCAAGAAGACUGUGGAAAAGGUGGAAACACAAGUCAUUUCGAAGGGUGAUGCAUUGCACCCCGUACAAGAGGAGCAGGACAACGACUGGGGUGCCGAAUGGGGAGACGAAGAUGAACCUACCAAGGAGGAUACGAGCAUCGCGGCGCAGGAUGUGGAAGAAGAGGACAUGAGCGCAUGGGGUAUGGACGAAGACGAGCCCGGGGAAGCAUCAAAACCGGAGAGCAAGACAGAAGAGAAAAAGCCCGCAGAUGACGAGAAUGCAGAAGAUUGGGGGAAUGAGUGGGGCGAUGACGAAGACACCAAAUCAGCACCCUCACCGCAAGCCCACAUGAAACCGCCUCAGCGUAAGACAAAUGGGCAGUCAGCGCAACAGGCACCGGCAGAGCAGCAUGUCACACUGAGAGAGACGUACACCGUAACGGCCAUUCCUGACUCGAUCAUCGAGAUCAUACUGCAAGUCGUUGCAGACUUAGAAACUCUCAACUCGCGCGACCUCGUCAGAUCCGCGAUCUCACCUGCUAGUGGAGGCCUGUUUGCUAUACCCAGCUUGCUACUUGCAAUGUACCGGGCUACUGCUUCUGUUCAUUACUCCGCCGACAUUGCAGGCAACAUGCUCGUCUACAACGACUGCGAACGUCUCUCAGAUCGCUUACGCACAUUCAUCCAAGAGCAGGCAGAGAAAGACCGUGCUUCGAAUCUCCCACAGCUGCUCCGACCCUCAGUUCGUCUGACGCCGAAGAUCGAGGCCGAUCUCAAGACGAUGGACGGCUUCAGCAGGCGGGCAUAUGGACGGGAGAUGGAGUCGCAAAGACAGAUCAUCAAGGAUCAUCUGGAAGAUGCACAAGGCUUCCAAGGAUGCACCAACGUCCCCUUUGCGACAGUGUGCGACGAUGCCAUCGCGACCACCAUCGACCGCAUUGGCGACGUAAAGCGACAAUGGCAGAACAUUGUGUCUCAUAGGGUUCUUGUUCAGUCGCUUGGAUCACUCGUCAGUACGGCGUUUGCGAAGUUCAUCAAUGACGUGAUGGACAUGUCGGACAUUGCAGAAGAUGAGUCGAGAAAGCUGCACAGCUACUGUAUGUCACUGGCGACACUCAAUCAGCACUUUCAAACACAGGACGAAUCCGGAGAGACCAGGGACACAGCAAGUUUGUAUGUUCAGAACUGGUUCAGACUGCAGUAUCUUGGUGAGAUCCUGGCCGGCAGCCUGGCAGAUAUCAAGUACCUCUGGAACGAAAGCGAGCUGAAGCUGGAGAUGGGAGCCGAGGAAGUGGUAGGGUUAAUUGAGGCUCUCUUCGCACCAAGUGACCUUCGACGAAGAGCCAUCGCCGAGAUCAGGAGGACAACCUUGAGCCGACACCAACUUUCCACGCUCGUGAACGAUCUGCUGCACCGCGAGACCAACCGCAUCCCGUUCGACAUUCUCAUCAACGGCCAAUUCCUGCGCACCUCAGUCGACGAAUUCCUCACAAAAAACGGCAUAAACGCGGAAACCACAUUGGACGUAGAGUACACACGAGCGCUCGUUCCACCGCUGAACGUCACAAGCUUCGAGCAUGACGACUGGGUAUCGGCGGUAGACGUGCUCUCGCACGCCUCGCCCGCAGGAACAUGGGUAGGCGGAAACGUGCAGGGCGGCCAAGAGAGGAUCCUUAGCGCAAGCUACGACGGCCUUGUACGCGUCUGGAACACCUCGGGCGAUGUCUUGGCGACAUCAGAAGCACCGAACAACGGCGGCAGGAUAACAAGCUUAAAGACUGCGAAGUGGCUGUCAGACAAGAAGAUUGUAGCGGCGGGUCUGGAUAACACUGUACGAGUGUACAAGUAUGACGACGAUGCGCGCACCAUUACAACGAGCCUCGAGCUCUUCAACCACAGAUGGGCUGUUGAGGAUGUCGCCGUCCACGGACCCUCGAACCGCAUCCUGUCCGCCUCUUCCGACUCCACCAUCUCCCUGUUCUCCAGCAACGCCAAAGAGAACCCAGCCGCACCCUCAACCCUCCUCCCCAACUCCACAGCUGCCUCGAACAAGCGCCAAAAGCUCUCAAAACCCGACCGCACAGUCCCCGCUCGCGGCGCAUUAGCAACCUUCAACGGCCACGCCGCACCCGUCUCCAGCGUGAUCUUCAAGCCCGACGACGCAACAGUCGCCUAUUCCGCCUCGCACGACCACACACUCAAGACCUGGGACUUCCCCACCCAAUCCUGCGUCGACACACGCACAACGGGCCACGCACUGCUCUCCCUCUGCGCAAUCCCCUCCCGCAACCUCCUCGCAACCGGCACCUCGGCGCGCCACAUCACACUCGUCGAUCCGCGCGUGUCCGCCACACAAAUCAGCGUCAUGACACUGCGCGGCCACAAGAACGGCAUCGUCUCUCUGGACACUGAUCCUAACUCGGAGUACAACCUCGUGUCUGGCUCGCACGACGGCACAUGCCAGAUUUGGGAUCUGAGGAAUGUCACGACGGGAAGCCAGAUCGGCGAGGGUAUGACGGGCGAGAGUGUGUACACGAUUAACAGGCAGGGAGUCAGUGGGCCAGCAAAGAGUCAUGGCGAGGGGGUGAAGGUGUUCAGUGUCAGGUGGGAUAAGGAGGUCGGGAUUGUGAGUGCGGGUGAGGACAAGAAGGUGCAGAUCAACCGGACUCUUGAUUUGUAAGUGCGGUUGUGGAGGAGAAUAAGCAAAAGUAUAGGCGUUCGGGCGCGUGAAUGGGGCAGAUACCAUGAUAUCAUACGUCU